AUGUCUGACUUUAACGAGUCAUUCAAUGCUUUGUGUCUUGCCGUUCCUAGAAUACGCCAGGUUUUAACAAAUAUUGGGUUUGGUAGAUGGGCAAGAGCUCAUUGUCCUGGCAAUCGAUACCACUAUAUGACAUCUAAUAGUGCGGAGUCUAUUAACUCUUUGUCUAGAUUCUCGCGUAAGAUGCCGAUAAUGCAAUUUAUCGAAUUCUUCCGCGAGUCUAUACAAAAAUGGUUUUAUGACCGUCGACUGCAGGGCAUGCGGGAGAGUCAUUCACUGACUCAGUGGGCACAGAAGAAAAUUUUAAAGAAAAUUGAAGGGUCUAGAACCUGGACUGUUGCAGGCAUCCAGUUGCCGGGUGUCUGGAAAGUUUCUGGUCUACCUUGUGGGCAAGUGAUUGCUGUUUCAAGAUUUUUUGGUGAACCUGACUGCAGUCAUUAUGCAUUCUCGUGUUAUUCAAACGAAGUAUACAAAAAAACGUAUGAAGAAUCGAUUAAUCUUCUGCCUCAUAGGUCUGAAUGGGUGAUACCAGAAGGCCUUGGCAGUUUUGGUCCUUACUCAGUUAAGAAAUCUUAA